AUGAGUGUAGAUUGGGUUAUUCAGUGGGUUUUUCUUCCUGUUGUCAAGUGUCCUUUUUUGCUGUGCUUCCUAUGUAGAAUUAAGUCGAGACUGGUGUGGUGUUUCUGCGUGUUAUACUCAGUUUCGCUCUUCAUUCUGCUGAAGGUGAAUACUAGGUUCAAAUGUCAUGGAGCUAAUUUGUGGGUUACAAUCGAACAUAUUAAAAAUGCUAGAGUGGUGAUUACCGGCGGCAGCAGUGGAUUGGGUCAUGCCAUAAUCAAAGAACUUCUUUCACGAUACAAAGACCUUACAAUCUUCAAUAUUGAUUUAAAUGAAUCGCCGAUCGCAGAUAAAAGAAUAAAAACAUAUAAGUGCGAUUUGGGAAUCUCUUCAGAGAGAGAUGAAAUGAUAAAAAAGAUCCAGAGGGAUUGUGAUGGUCCGGUUCAUCUUGUUGUAAAUAACGCUGGUAUGAGGUCGAAAUAUCAGCAAUUCCAAAAGUUACAUGGCAAAGCUUUUGAACACAUACUCUCUGUCAAUACUUUGGCCCCAACCAAAAUCAUACAGGCAUUUGCUCCAAAAGAGAAUAAUUUGGAUCAAUGUUAUAUAGUAAACGUUGCAAGCACACUAGCAAUUCUGUCAGCUUCAAAAGUAGCGCCAUACGCAAGCAGUAAAGCCGCGCUUAUUGCCCUUCAUAGAUCCUACUGCUUCGAAUUGGAAAGUAGGCAUAUAUCCAAUAUACGAACUCUUUUGGUUGUUCCGGGUCAGUUGAAUACCGAUCUGUUUGGGGGAUUUACACCACCUCGUCAGUUCUUUGCACCUGUGGUUGAUUGUGACGCCCUGGCAAAGAGUAUUGUUGAUAGGUGUGAAAAGGGCCAAAGAGGUGACUUGUGUGCUCCAUUUUAUUCCAAUUUGAUAUCUCUGUUGAUGUCACUACCUUACGCAGUGCAGAUCUUAGCCCGUAAAUUCGCACAGCUAGAUGAUUGUUUACCAGACGAUUGA